AUGGCUCCCUCUAAAGAAGUUGCCGCUCUCGGCUCCAACGAGAUUGUCUCUAUUAGCCAUGAUCAGACUCUCAAGGCCUCCAAGGCCCUCCUGGCGCACAUCAAAAAAGCCGCCAAGGAGUCUGCCGAGGACCCCUCGUCCAAGAAGAACCUGCUAGCCGACGCCGAAGACGACGUCACGGCCGACACGCCCGUCUGGCUGACGCUGACGACCAAGCGCCACAUUGCCGACAAGUCCAGGUUGCAACCGGGCAAGAUUGUGCUGCCGCACCCCCUCCACGCCGACGACGAGGACUUGUCGGUGUGCCUCAUUACCGCCGACCCGCAGCGCGCCUACAAGAACAUUGUGGCCAGUGACGAGUUCCCCGCGGACCUGCGCAAGCGCAUUGGCCGCGUCAUUGACGUGACCAAGCUGAAGGCCAAGUACUCUCAGUACGAGGCUCAGCGCAAGCUCUUUUCCGAGCACGACAUCUUCCUCGGCGACGAGCGCAUCAUCAACCGCCUGCCCAAAAUCCUCGGCAAGACCUUCUACAAGACCACCACUAAGCGGCCUGUCCCCGUGAACCUGCAGGCCAAGGUGCCCAAGGUCAACGGCAAGCGCGGCAAGCGGGACAAGAAGACGGCCAGCGGCGAGAAUAAUGUCAAUGCCGGCACGCCCGCGCAGAUUGCCAAAGAAGUCAACAAGGCAGUGGGCUCUGCGCUCGUCAGCCUGAGCCCGUCAACCAACACGGCCGUGCGCAUCGGCUCCGCCAGCUGGACCGCGGACCAAAUCGCCGACAACGUCGACGCCGUCGCCGCGGCGCUCGUCGAGAAGUGGGUGCCACAGAAAUGGCGCAACGUCAAGAGCAUCCACAUCAAGGGCCCCGCGACGGCUGCCCUGCCCAUCUGGCUGACGGACGAGCUCUGGGUCGACGACAAGGACGUCGUGGCCGACACCGAGGAGACAAAGGCCAACAUGAGCAAGAAGCGCAAGGCGCUCGUGGGCGAGGAACCCCAGGCCGACUCGCCCGCGGCCAAGAAGACGAAAAAGACGGCCGCCGCCGCCGCCGACGCGGGCAAGCACAAGCCGGCGAGCGACGACGCCACGCUCGACAAGCAGAUUGCGGAGCGCAAGUCGAAGCUGCGCAGCGCAAAGGCCAAGGCAAGCAAGGCGAUGGACUGA